UUAAGUUGUGAAACAUACCACGACUGAGUGUAGUCCGUGUCUAAAGUGAAGGAAGGGAAGUGGGAUGCCCUGUGGAUCGUUUGUGUUAACAGAAGAAGGGGGUGAGACAACAAUUCAUCUAUUUGCAUAGUCCUUCCACAUAAGACUGCCAAGACCAAGUGAGGUGGUUUCAGGGUCAGUCACAAGGCAGCAUGAUGUAGUGGAAAGAGUGUGUGGGCCUCAGGGGCCUGAGUAAGUCCUGCUGUGCCACCGAAGAGCCGUGUGAUGCUGGCUGCGCAGGAGGCAGAUGGUCGAGGGAAGAGGUGCAACAGUUGGACUGGUCCAGCAGCUGUAUUAGAAGACAUGUGGUGUGUAUGAAGUUUGUGAUAGUCGGGGGAAAUUUUGGAAUUUAGAUAAUGGGCUGUGUGCAAUGUAAGGAUAAAGAAGCAACAAAACUGACGGAGGAGAGGGAUGGCAGCCUGAACCAGAGCUCCGGGUACCGCUAUGGCACAGACCCCACUCCUCAGCACUACCCCAGCUUCGGCGUGACCUCCAUCCCAAACUACAACAACUUCCAUGCAGCCGGGGGCCAAGGACUCACUGUCUUUGGGGGUGUGAACUCUUCAUCUCACACUGGGACCUUGCGUACCAGGGGAGGAACGGGAGUGACCCUGUUUGUAGCCCUUUAUGACUAUGAAGCACGGACGGAAGAUGACCUGAGUUUUCACAAAGGAGAAAAAUUCCAAAUAUUGAACAGCUCGGAAGGAGAUUGGUGGGAAGCCCGCUCCUUGACCACCGGAGAGACUGGUUACAUUCCCAGCAAUUAUGUGGCUCCAGUUGACUCUAUCCAGGCAGAAGAGUGGUACUUUGGAAAACUUGGCCGAAAAGAUGCUGAGCGACAGCUUUUGUCCUUUGGAAACCCGAGAGGUACCUUUCUUAUCCGUGAGAGUGAAACCACCAAAGGUGCCUAUUCACUGUCGAUCCGAGAUUGGGAUGAUAUGAAAGGAGACCAUGUCAAACAUUAUAAAAUUCGCAAACUUGACAAUGGUGGAUACUAUAUUACCACCCGGGCCCAGUUUGAAACACUUCAGCAGCUUGUACAACAUUACUCAGAGAGAGCCGCAGGCCUCUGCUGCCGCCUCGUAGUUCCCUGUCAUAAAGGGAUGCCAAGGCUUACCGAUCUGUCUGUCAAAACCAAAGAUGUCUGGGAAAUCCCUCGAGAAUCCCUGCAGUUGAUCAAGAGACUGGGAAAUGGGCAGUUUGGGGAAGUAUGGAUGGGUACCUGGAAUGGAAACACAAAAGUAGCCAUAAAGACUCUUAAACCAGGCACAAUGUCCCCCGAGUCAUUCCUUGAGGAGGCACAGAUCAUGAAGAAGUUGAAACAUGACAAGUUGGUCCAGCUCUACGCAGUGGUGUCCGAGGAGCCCAUCUACAUUGUCACCGAGUACAUGAAUAAAGGAAGUUUACUUGAUUUCUUAAAAGAUGGGGAAGGAAGAGCUCUGAAAUUACCAAAUCUUGUGGAUAUGGCCGCACAGGUUGCUGCAGGAAUGGCUUACAUCGAGCGCAUGAAUUAUAUCCACAGGGAUCUGCGGUCAGCAAACAUCCUAGUGGGGAACGGACUCAUAUGCAAGAUUGCUGACUUUGGACUAGCCAGAUUGAUCGAAGACAAUGAGUACACAGCACGACAAGGUGCAAAGUUCCCCAUUAAGUGGACGGCCCCCGAAGCAGCCCUGUACGGGAGGUUCACGAUCAAGUCUGACGUAUGGUCUUUCGGAAUCUUACUCACAGAGCUGGUCACCAAAGGAAGAGUGCCAUACCCAGGCAUGAACAACCGGGAGGUGCUGGAGCAGGUGGAGCGCGGCUACAGGAUGCCCUGUCCGCAGGACUGCCCCAUCUCUCUCCACGAGCUCAUGAUCCACUGCUGGAAAAAGGACCCGGAGGAGCGGCCCACUUUCGAGUACUUGCAGGGCUUCCUGGAAGACUACUUCACCGCCACAGAGCCCCAGUACCAGCCUGGUGAAAACCUGUGAGACCUGGGUCUGCAGAGAGAGGCCUUAUCCAAGAGGCUUCCCCGCCCCCUCCCCAUUAGCUUUCAGUUCCGUAGCCGGCUGCUGCCCGAGCAGCGAGAGCCGUCCUGGAUCAGAUUGCAUGUGACUCUGAAGCUGACGAACUUCCAUGGCCCUCAUUAAUGACACUUGUCCCCAAAUCCGAACCUCCUCUGUGAAGCAUACGAGACAGAACCUUGUUAUUUCUCAGACUUUGGAAAAUGCAUUGUAUUGAUGUUAUGUAAAAGGCCAAACCUCUGUUCAGUGUAAAUAGUUACUCCAGUGCCAACAAUCCUAGUGCUUUCCUUUUUUUAAAAUGCAAAUCCUAUGUGAUUU